AAGAGGCUUUCAAGGUGCACUGUACAUCCCAGACAAGCUCUUACUCAUAGAGGAAAUGUGAUCUGCUGCAGUACGGAAACAUCAGCAAUGACAUGGUGAGACAAAUUCCUUAGGGAGCUGCCUGUUUUGAAGCCAAGUGUUCAUGAUAUGAUCCAGCUGACUUACAGGAAUCAACAACCCCCUUGUGAAUAAUGGUUAAAAACGGAUCCCACCUCGAUGCUUUGACGCUGGCAAUGCUCCAGAAUAAAACUGUCUCCAUCACUCUCCCAGUUGUGUAUACAGUGGUGGCACUGAUCAGCAUCCCUGGCAACUUGUUCUCCCUUUGGGUGCUCUGCUGGCACAUCAAACCCAAAACACCUUCUGUCAUCUUCAUGAUCAACCUAAGCAUCACGGAUCUCAUGCUGGCCAGCUGCUUUCCUUUCCAGAUUUCUUAUCACUUCCAAAGCAAUCACUGGAGCUUUGGCAAGACUCUUUGCAGCCUUGUGACUGUGAUGUUCUACUCCAAUAUGUAUUCUUCCAUACUGACCAUGACCUUUAUCAGCAUUGAGCGGUACAUGGGUGUGGUAUACCCCAUGAAGUUGAUCAAGUGGAGAAGAAAAAGAUAUGCCUUUGCUGCCUGUCUAGCUAUGUGGAUUUUCUUGCUACUAGCCUUGUACCCAUUAGAAAGCACAGAUCUCACCUAUGAAGUGAAAGAAUUGGGGAUUAUAACCUGUUUUGAUGUCCUAAAAUGGGAUAUGCUGCCCAACUUUGUAGCCUGGGUAGUCUUUCUCCUCACCCUAUUUGUCGUGCUCUUCCUGAUCCCUUUUGUCGUAACAGUUGGAUGCUACAUUGGCAUCAUUCGGAAGCUAAUUCAGACAUCGAACAGAUAUGGUAAUAGGCAGAAGACUAGAUCCAUCUACCUGGCGACAAUUGUCCUUCUGGUGUUCAUCACUUGCUUUGCCCCCAACAACUUUAUCCUACUUGCACAUAUGAUCAUCCGCCUAUUUUAUGACAGCAGUUUGUACCCUGCCUACAAGCUCACCUUGUGCCUCAGUUGCUUCAACAACUGCAUAGAUCCCUUCAUUUAUUAUUUUGCAUCCAAAGAAUUUACAGAAAUUCAUGCAAUUGUUUCGGCCAAGGUACUGCUCAGUGACAGCUUAGAAAACAGAAGGGAAAGUUUAUUCUCUGGCAGGACCGUGUCAGUCAGGUCAAUGUCAAGUGGACCUAUGGAUGGGUUAGAGGGAGUAAAAGUCUAUUUGCAAAGGCAGGAAAGUGUUUUUUAGCUUUAGACAUCCCCAGAAGAAAGACGUGAGAUUCACGAGUAAACAAAGAAGAUAUUUCCUUUUGAAUGGCUACUCUCAAAAUGCCUGGCUUUUGUGACAGAACUCAAUCUGUACUUACAUUGCACAUUCUACUCCAGUACUUUCCGGUAAGAAAUGGAAGUCUUAAAGGAAUUGAGUUUAGUCAAGAAGGCACUGAAGCAAACUCAACAUUAAUAAUUAGGACUAGCUUGGAAGUAGCCUACCACAUGAGACCAAGGGAUAAAUUUAGGACAAAAUUACUCUCAGGUUGUACAAUAGGAUUUAAACCAAAGACUUGUGAUUCUCAGUUAAUGUGAACUAUUACUGUACAUGAAUUACAGCAUACAGUGAAGCUGGGUUUGGGGCAAGGGGGUUGUUGUUCUAAGCAACAUGCUCGGCUUUGGGUUGUUGGGGGUUUUUGUUUGUUUUGU